AUGCCAGCGCCGUCAACUCCACCACCUCGGGCACGGCCACCUCCUCCAAGUACCAGAUCGAAUGCACCAUGUGCGCCGCCUGCGACAACCCGUGCGGCCAAGUCCCCUCCCCCGCCGCCGGCCGCCACCUCCAACUACCCACCUCCGGCCUCCCCGCCCCCGUCCCAGCCCAGUUACACGUACUCGUCGCCACCGCCCCCGCCGUACAAGGGGGGAGGCGGCUCGUACUACCCCCCGCCGAGCGGCGGCGCGUUCUACCCCCCACCGAGCUACGGGAACUACCCAGUACCGCCACCCCCGAACCCCAUCGUGCCCUACUUCCCCUUUUACUAUUACAACCCUCCACCGGCCGCCGGGGCCUCCAAUGCUAUCAAGCUAAGAGCUUGCGUUGCGAUUUACGCAGUAUUGGUAACUCUGCUCUUAGUUUGA